AUGGUUUCGGGACCGGAUAGCUGUACAAUUGACCAACGUACACCUCAGGAUGAUGCAGAAUUGGAAUUUCAAACCCCUCCGGAGCAGCAAGCCCACUCCUCCUCUGAAGACCAAUAUGUUGACGCUGGAGAACCCACGGCCGUCGAUCCUGUAGACAGCUUAAGGACCGUUGAUUUGAGUGAGGACACUUUGGUAAUUGGGGUUGAUGAAUUGAGGGAAAAUCGGGUUUUGGAGGAGGAAUUGGAUAAUGACUCUGUGUGGAAGAAGAAAGAGGUUUCUGAGGAGGAUAUGGAAUUGGAAUGGGAUGGUGAAACCAUGCCUAUUGGUGAAACGGAGCCCGCUACAAUCGAAGUUGAAGGAGACAAUAAUAUGAAUGAUACCGAUGUUAUCAAUAUGGAAACAGAAGAAAUUGGCGAGGAACUAACCACUGUAAAUUUGGGUGAAGAUUCGGUGGAGAAGAUGUGCAAGGAAAAUGUUGUGGUUGGGGAAAAUGCUGAUGCGCAAAAAACUGGAGAGACCCAGGGAUUCACUGAAACUCCUGAGUUGCUAGUAGCUGGUGCAAGUGAAGAAUUUGUUAGAGUGAGCAAAAAAUGUGAUGAGGGAAAAACUAGUGAAUAUGCGGAGAUUAUUGAGGUUACAGAAGGUGAGAAGGCAUGUAAUGAUACAGGUGGGUAUGAAGAUUUGUGUAGUUGUAUGAAUAUGGAAGGAAUUGACGAGUUCAAGUAUGUUAAUGGUGGGGUUAUUGAGAGGAAGCGGAAGGAGAAAGUUUGUGGAGGUGACAGUCGUGCCGGUAGAAAGUACGAGUUUCCAUUAUCAAUGAAGGGUAAAAAGCAGAAUAUUGGAAGCAGGGAGGUUGUAGGAAAUGUUGGGAUGAAUAAUGGAUUUUUCAAUGAUAUGUUGGAAGUUUUGAAGCCUGUCGUUCCCAAUGUGGAUAGAGACUCCGAGGAUGUGGAUUUCUUGGAGAUAGCUAAGAGACGGGGUUUGACUUUUCCUCGACCUAGAUGGUGGUCUCCAUAG